UUAUAUGGUACGUUGACUUCCGCCGUCGAUGUUAAAGCAGUGCUAUCAUGGCGGAGCGCGUUCAGCAGCCCCCAGCCAAACGGCUCUGCUGUAGACCGGGUUAUAACACGAAUUGUAGACAGGGACAACGGGCCGGGGGUACGUUAUGUGGCGGUUCGGGUGCGGCCCAAGGCGGGUCGAGCAAAACCCAGACCCCGGAGUCUCUGUUGGACAUCUCGGCCCGGAAAGUGGCUGAGAAGUGGCCGUUUCAACGGGUAGAGGAGCGCUUCGAACGGAUCCCGGAGCCCGUACAGAGACGGAUCGUUUACUGGUCUUUCCCAAGGAGUGAACGGGAGAUCUGCAUGUAUUCUUCGUUCAGUACAGGGGGAGAGGAGAGUGGAACUAGCGGGGAAAAUAUUGAUGAGACGCGGCUGCCUUUCAGACGAGGCAUCGCUCUGUUAGAGAGCGGCUGUGUGGACAACGUAUUGCAAGUCGGGUUCCACCUCAGCGGAACGGUAACAGAACCGGCCACGCCGUCGGAAUCCGAGCUCGUCUGCAGCGUGAGUGUCAGCUUCGACCGCUGCAAGAUCACCGCGGUCACGUGCAGCUGUGGCAAUAAGGACAUCUUCUACUGCGCGCACGUGGUAGCGCUGGCCCUGUACCGCGUACGGAAGCCCGAGCAGGUCAAACUGCACCUGCCCAUCUCAGAGACACUGUUCCAGAUGAACAGAGACCAGCUGCAGAAAUUUGUCCAGUACCUGAUAACAGUACACCACACUGAGGUGCUGCCCACUGCUCAGAAACUAGCUGAUGAGAUUCUAUCAACAAACUCUGAGAUCAACCAGGUCCAUGGGGCCCCAGACCCCACGGCAGGGGCCAGUGUAGAUGAUGAGAACUGUUGGCACCUGGAUGAGGAGCAGGUCCAGGAGCAGGUGAAACUCUUUCUCUCACAGGGAGGAUACCAUGGCUCUGGGAAACAACUCAACCUGCUGUUCAGCAAGGUGAGAGAGAUGUUGAAGAUGCGUGACUCCAACGGUGCCAGGAUGUUAACGCUGAUCACAGAACAGUUUAUGGGCGACCCUCGUCUGGCACUGUGGAGACAACAGGGAACCACCAUGACCGACAAAUACAGACAGCUGUGGGAUGAGCUAGGUACCCUGUGGAUGUGUAUUGUGCUGAACCCCCACUGUAAGUCGGAGCAGAAGUGUGUGUGGCUGAGACAGCUUAGACGGUGGAACAGCAUCGAUGUGUGUCCAUGGGAGGACGGAAACCAUGGCAACGAACUACCCAACCUCACACACGCACUACCGCACGGCAACCCAGACUUGUCGUCUCGUCCUCAUAGGACAGUGUUUACGAGGGCCAUUGAGGCCUGCGACCUGCACUGGCAGGACACACAUCUGCAGCGCGUCAUCACACAUGACCUCUGCACACACACACACACACACUGUCCCCACGACAACCACGGUAGUGGAGGGGCACUGUUUGACGCCCGCGGAUGGCCCCUCUGGCACGAGCACGUCCCAACAGCGUGUGCGAGGGUUGACGCGCUGCGGUCACAUGGUUAUCCCAGGGAAGCCUUGCGAUUGGCCAUUGCUAUUGUCAACACACUCAAACGGCAGCAACAGAAACAACUACAGCUCCUCCGCAACCACAAAAAAGAGCUGCUCCAUAAAGGCAUGACGUCAGUCACUAACAUGGAGGGCUGGGUGGGCCACCCCUUGGACCCUAUUGGCACUCUGUUCAGCACCCUACUGGACACGGGACGGGGAGACGAGGAGGGGGGCAACGCCUUCCUAGACUUCUCAGGCUCUGUGAGUUCAGCCAAAAGGUUGGAGCCCCUCUUCCCAGCACAACACUUCCUGGACGAUGGCCAAUCGUUCGUAGCACUGGCUGUAGAGACGGCUCUGAUUGGCUUAGGGCAGCAGAGGGUGAUGCCUGACGGCCUAUACGCCCAGGAGAAGGUGUGUCGCAACGAAGAGCAGCUAUUGGCCAAGCUCCAGGAAGUGGAACUGAACGAUGCCCUGGUCAAGAUCUUCCGCAAGCAAGCAGUCUUCCUGCUAGAGGCUGGUCCAUACAGUGGUCUAGGAGAGUUGCUCUACAGAGAGAGUGUUCCCAUGCAUACUUUCGCCAAGUAUCUCUUCACCUCCCUACUACCUCACGACGCUGAACUGGCGUACAAAAUUGCACUGAGAGCCAUGAGGUUACCGGUCCUGGAAACCACGGCUCCAUCAGGUGAUCUAUCCAGACCUCACCAUAUAGUAUCUAUGGUCCCUAACCGCUACCCUCGCUGGUUCACUCUAUCUCACAUAGAGUCACAACAAUGUGAACUGGCCUCCACCAUGCUUACCGCAGCCAAAGGCGAUGGGCGUAAGUUAGAAACGGUGUUAGAGUCCAUCCAGAAGAACAUCCACUCCUCGUCUCACAUCUUCAAACUGGCUCAGGAUGCCUUCAAGAUCGCUACUCUGAUGGACAGCCUGCCAGACCUCACACUGCUUAAAGUCUCACUGGAGCUGGGCCUUCAGGUGAUGAGAAUGACUCUGUCCACGUUGAACUGGAGGAGGAGAGAGAUGGUACGGUGGCUGGUCACCUGUGCCACAGAAGUUGGUGUGUAUGCGUUGGACAGCAUCAUGCAGAGUUGGUUCACCUUGUUCACCCCGACCGAGGCCACCAGCAUCGUGGCCACCACCGUCAUGUCCAACACCACCAUCGUCCGGCUGCACCUGGACUGUCACCAGCAGGAGAACCUGGCCUCCUCCGCCCGAACACUGGCCCUGCAGUGUGCCAUGAAGGACCCCCAGAACUGUUCCCUCUCUGCCCUCACCCUCUGUGAGAAGGACCACAUCGCCUUCGAGACGGCCUACCAGAUCGUUCUGGACGCGGCCGUCACGGGGAUGAGCUACACACAGCUCUUUACAAUAGCCAGGUACAUGGAGCACAGAGGAUAUCCCAUGAGGGCUUACAAGCUGGCCACGCUAGCCAUGGCCCACCUUAACCUCAGCUACAACCAGGACACCCACCCGGCUAUCAAUGACGUGCUGUGGGCCUGUGCUCUGAGUCACUCUCUGGGGAAGAAUGAGCUGGCUGCCGUCAUUCCCCUGGUGGUGAAAAGUGUGAAGUGCGCCACUGUGCUGUCAGACAUUUUGAGACGGUGCACAUUGACCACGCCGGGCAUGGUGGCACUGCACAGCCGCAGGAACUCUGGGAAGCUGAUGUCGCUGGACAAGGCUCCACUCAGGCAACUGCUGGACGCCACCAUCGGAGCCUACAUCAACACCACGCACUCUCGCCUCACGCACAUCAGCCCGCGCCACUACAGCGAGUUCAUCGAGUUCCUCAGUAAGGCCAGAGAGACGUUCCUCAUGGCCCAGGACGGACACAUCCAGUUUACCCAGUUCAUAGACAACCUCAAACAGAUCUACAAGGGCAAGAAGAAACUCAUGAUGCUCGUACGGGAGAGGUUCGGUUGACGAAGACUAAACUUAAAAACUAUUGUGAUUGGUUGAUGGAUGUAUGGAGAUUGAGAGCGAUCACGCCCCCUUUUACUUGAUUCUGCGUUUGUAUCCCUUUUAACUUAAAAAGUGACGGAAUAAGUGAAAGAAAAACCUGAAAACAACAAAAGGCCACAUCGGUAUUAAUGUGUAUAGACCCUAUUUAGUUCACAAGCAAACAAAAAAGAAAAUUGUCAUGUUGUGGAAGUGUGUGUGUGUGUGUCCCUUUAUGUAUAAAGACAGUGUGAAAGAGUGUAAGAGAGAGAGAGAGAACUAAAGAGAAAAAUAAAAUCUUUUUACACUGAGUAUAUGUUGUCCAGUGGCGAGAUGUCCACAUAGCACUCCUGUCCCCCUCUGUUAAAUGCUCACAGCUCAGAGACAAUGAGACAAACAAGGCUUAAAACCAAACAGAGCAACUCCAUCAGACAUGACCAGUACCUCGUACGGACCCAGCUUUAUUCCCCCCUUAUCCUUAGCCCUUCCUCACCCCUCCUUCCCCCACUCAGUGUGGUCAGUGUGUGUUAACAGUUAAAUAACAACACAAACAGUUCACUAUCCAGUUCAGUCCACAAUUUCUUGUUUUAUGUCUCUUUAGUAAGAGAGAUCACCAACAACAGGCUGACUGUCUGCUGUGGCUUUAGUAACAGGGAUCAUCAACUCCAGGCUGACUGUCUGCUGUGGCUUUAGUAACAGGGAUCAUCAACUCCAGGCUGACGGUCUGCUGUGGCUUUAGUAACAGGGAUCAUCAACUCCAGGCUGACUGUCUGCUGUGGCUUUAGUAACAGAGAUUACCAACUCCAGGCUGACUGCUGUGGCUUUAGUAACAGGGAUCACCAACUCCAGGCUGAGAGAGAUCACUAACUCCAGGCUGACUGUCUGCUGUGGCUUUAGUAAUAGGGAUCACCAACUCCAGGCUGCCUGUCUGCUGUGACUUUAGUAACAGGGAUCAUCAACUCCAGGCUGACUGUCUGCUGUGGCUUUAGUAACAGGGAUCAUCAACUCCAGGCUGACUGUCUGCUGUGGCUUUAGUAACAGGGAUCAUCAACUCCAGGCUGGAUGUGGCUUUAGUAACAGGGAUCAUCAACUCCAGGCUGACUGUCUGCUGUGGCUUUAGUAACAGGGAUCAUCAACUCCAGGCUGACUGUCUGCUGUGGCUUUAGUAACAGGGAUCAUCAACUCAAGGCUGUCUGUGGCUUUAGUAACAGGGAUCACCAACUCCAGGCUGACUGUCUGCUGUGGCUUUAGUAACAGGGAUCAUCAACUCCAGGCUGAGAGAGAUCACCAACUCCAGGCUGACGGUCUGCUGUGGCUUUAGUAACAGGGAUCACCAACUCCAGGCUGGCUGUCUGCUGUGGCUUUAGUAACAGGGAUCAUCAACUCCAGGCUGCCUGUCUGCUGUGGCUUUAGUAACAGGGAUCAUCAACUCCAGGCUGACUGUCUGCUGUGGCUUUGCAGUGUUGUUUACCCUGAUGCUUUAGACACGUGCAGAAACACACACACACACACACACACGCAUAGAAACACAUAGUAACAGACACACUCAGAAACUCAUGCAGUUGCAGAAACAACCUGUAAACACACACUUGCAGAAAAACACAAUUAUACUGUCAUAGUGCUUGCGCUUGUGGAAACUUAGCAACUGUCAACAUACAUUCUCAGGGAUUUCUCAACAAAAAAAGCAAAGGAAAAUAAAAAAGAGAGAAUGAGAGCAUUUUAUUGUACUGUAUAUAUAAUAGUAUAUGUCUGAAUAUUGAAAACAAAUGUAUACGUUAACUAAUUUAUUAAAUCAUAUUCUAUGUAAUGCAAAAUACUUGAAGCUGCAGUACCAUGGUUUUUAUAACCAAAACAUAUCAGAAGGACUUUUAAAACGUGUCGCGUUGCGUCAUCAGGGGCCAGGACAAAGGUCAAAGGUUAGGGGUCAUCUCAGUGGGACUGUUAGCUGGGCGACCCCAGAGAGACAGACAGACUGACAUCCACUGGACUGCUUGACAGGAACCGGCUGUUUGCAAAAAAGGACAUGGAUGUUGUAUUUAGUAUGGACCAGCAAAAUAUAUUAAUCCUCCAGUUGAACACAGUUGUAUUGGGCACCGUGGUAUAAGAGGAGAGAAAGAGAGAGAAACUGCCCAGGAGCCCGAUCAGUAAUGCCUUAGCAUUACAAAUGGAGAACUCCGGCCCAGUGCCUACGAAGCCGUGAAAAAAAUCCCUGACUCUUUACUAAUAAUUAGCAUAGUAAUACGCUGUGGUGAAAUUUGGUUUGUUCACGCAUCAUGUCUCCUUCCACAGUGUUCAAGUCACAAAAAAAUAAUCUACAUUAUAUGCAGAACAACCAAUUAAAACAUGUACUUGCCUCUACAACGAACCCACAACACGCCUCUACAACGAACCCACAACACGCCUCUUCUGUCGACUCCUUGACUUUGUGCAGGACAGAAAGUUGCUAUGUUGGUCUUGACUGUUCAAUUUUGUUUUGUUACGCUUUUUUAUGUUUCUCCUUUUUUAACUUUUUAGUUAUCUCUCUAGAAUUAUUCAAUGAGAACAGCCUUCUUUCUUGCCUUGUCUUAACGCUUUAAAACAACCAAACGGGAGUUCUGACUACCAAACUUUGUUCAUUGAAAUGAAAAAGCCAACCAACUUUGGUUACAACUUUUAGUGUCUUUCAUUUUUAGCUGAAUGGUUCUGUGUUCUGUGCUUUAAAAGCCCUUCUCUGUUUGUUUUUGGGUGCAGAAACAUUGUCUAGUGUCUCUUGUCCCCUCCUCCCCUAGAGGUUUGUCCAUAGGUCCUUUGUCCAAAGACAAAUAUCAUUCAUGUUCCAUUUUAUUUAUUAUGAUAGGUAAACGAUUGUACUUCUUCAACCGUGUCAACAUUGCUCAUGUGUUAAAAUUCAGAUUUGAUACACCAAUAUCAAUUUAUUUAUGUAACUAAAUCACUGUUUUUUAAACUUGUUAAUGAUUGAACUUUUUUGUUUUAAUUAAAAUUCGUUUUUUGAGAGGA